AGGUGGGCGGGGUUUCGCUCUGUGUAGCGGAGACCGCGGUUUCCUUCUGCGCCCUCUGUUGCUGCCUUGGGUGCCAGGGAAGUGAGGCGUCGAGAGUCUCUUUCCCCGGAGGAGAGCGCCUUCCUCGAGGGCUUCGGAGCGGAGCCUGAGCCAUGCCGAACUCGCGGCCCAGACCCCGGCGGGGCGGUGGCGCAGGUGCGGCCGGCCGGGAUCGGCUGGUGGCGCGGUCCUUGCAGAGCGCUGAGCACUGUCUGGGCGCCCGGGACUUCGGCACUGCCUAUGCUCAUUACCUCCUCGUGCUCAGCCUGGCGCCGGAGCUCAAAGACGACGUGAAGGAAACUUUUCAGUAUACACUUUUCAAGUGGGCUGAAGAGCUUGAUGCACUCAGUCGAGUACAGGACUUACUUGGUUGCUAUGAGCAGGCCUUGGAACUCUUUCCUGAUGAUGAAGUGAUUUGCAAUAGUAUGGGAGAGCAUCUCUUCAGAAUGGGCUUUCGAGAUGAGGCGGCUGGGUAUUUUCAUAAAGCAGUGAAGCUCAACCCUGAUUUCAGUGAUGCAAAGGAGAACUUCUAUCGUGUUGCAAACUGGCUGGUGGAGCGCUGGCACUUCAUCAUGCUCAACGACACCAAGAGGAACAGGAUUUACAAUGCAGCAAUCCAGAGGGCAGUGAGCUUGGGGUCCAAGAGUGUUUUGGAUAUUGGCACAGGAACUGGAAUACUGAGCAUGUUUGCUAAAAAAGCCGGUGCACACUCAGUGUAUGCCUGCGAGUUAUCCAAGACCAUGUAUGAGCUUGCCUGUGAUAUUGUGACUGCAAACAAGAUGGAAACUGGAAUUAAGCUCCUACACAUGAAGUCACUUGACAUAGAAAUUCCAAAACACAUUCCUGAAAGAGUGUCCCUAGUUGUAACAGAGACUGUCGAUGCGGGUGUGUUUGGAGAAGGAAUUGUGGAGAGUUUAAUUCAUGCAUGGGAGCAUUUGCUUCUGCAACCAAAGACCAAAGGAGCAAAUGGAAAUUGUGGACAGUAUGGGAGAGUUAUACCGGCAAGUGUUGUUAUAUUUGGGAUGGCAGUAGAGUGUUCAGAGAUACGAAGACAUCAUAGGGUGGGCAGUAAGGACAUUGCUGGUGUCCGUUUGCCAGCAAGUGUGAAAUUUCACAGCCGAGCCUCCUCUGCAGAAACUGGAGAAGCAGUUGAGCCGUAUACGACUGAGAAGAUGAGUCGGAUCCCUGGAGGGUAUUUGCCUCUGACAGAGUGCUUUGAAAUUAUGGAAGUGGAUUUCAACAGUCUUCAGGAAUUAAAGAGUCUUGCAACUAAAGAGCCACACCCCCUCUGUGUUCCUGCUAUUAAAGAAGGCGUGCUGGAUGCUGUCAUGGUUUGGUUUGUUCUCCAGCUCGAUGACGAAUACAGUCUGUCCACAAGUCCUGGGGAGGAAACCUGUUGGGAACAGGCUGUUUAUCCAGUCCAGGCCCUUGCAGACUACUGGAUAAAGCCUGGGGACCAUGUGACAAUGGAAGCAUCUUGUCAAGAUUGUUACCUAAGAAUCCAGAGUAUCAAUAUUGUGCAUUUGGAACAGGAAAUGGAAGUUAUAAAGCAUUUUACCAAGAGUGAAGACUUGCUGUCUCUAGGGAAUGAGGCUGAGCUCUGUAGUGCUCUGGCUAACCUUCAGACCAGUAGAGCAGAUGCUCUGGAGCAGCCCUGUGUGUUAGAACCUGCAGAGAUUGCUUUGCUCAAUAACAUUCCAUAUCAUGAAGGCUUUAGGAUGGCCAUGAGGAAGGUGUUGUCUUCGCUGGCCCCAGAGAAACUGUGCCAGCCCAUGGAUCCUCAGUGUCAGGACUCUGAGAUGAACUCUGGAAGUGGACAGAGUGCUAUUGCACCGAGCACCUCUGACCCUCUCUAUGUGUUGGAUGUGUCUGAAGGCUUCUCUCUUUUGCCUAUAAUUGCUGGAACACUUGGUGAGGUUAAGCCCUACAGUUCUGUGGAGAAAGACCAGCAUUGUGUUGCUUUGGACCUCAUAUCUGAAGCCAAUCACUUCCCUAAGGAAACUCUGGAGUUUUGGCUGAGACAUAUAGAAGAUGAAGCUGCUGUGUUGCAAAGGCCCAAGUCAGAUAAAUUGUGGAGCAUAAUUAUAUUAGAUGUCAUUGAGCCGUCUGGGCUCAUUCAGCAGGAAAUAAUGGAAAAAGCUGCAAUAUCCAGGUAAAACAAAAACCAUAAAAUUGAAUGGGGUAUUUUGGGUUCAAAAUUCACUUUCUUUUUUGAGUUUUGUAUGCGAUGGGAUGAGAUGAAUGUCUUAAUGUUUAACCAUUCCUGACAUUGGAGUUUGUUCUGCUGAGGGCCUCUGACAGGUCUGGGGUAGAGGCUAGUUGCCUGGUUAGAUUUUCCUCACCUGAAAUGGAGUUAGUCAUCAGUGACUAACUGAAUCUUCAUAAAAGCUCUGAAUGGAGCUUUCCAGAGGAGGUAAGCACAUCAAAAUGUGGGAGAAUAGUGGGCCUCAAGAGUGUCCCUCUCCCAUAAAGAGCUAUUUCUUCCUCUAACCCACCUUUUGCUCGGCUCUCAUGGUGAUACCUAGGCAGAGAGCCCACACUCUGAGCAGUUUGUUCCCCAGCAGACACCAGUUGGGUUUCUUUAAUUCAAUUCAGUUCUGGUCCUAUCUGGAGGUAGACAGAACCUACAGGGCAGCCACAGCUUCAAAAGUCAGAUGCACCGAUACACAUGGUAGGUUGUCACCUGUGCUUCUACACCACCAGGCACAAAUUAAAGUCCCUCAGUUUAUAAAACCCUCUUCAGAUUUGGCUGAAUUUGCUAUCGCAGCUCACAGGACUUAGGGAAAUGCGUGGCUUGGGUGAACCUAUUUAUUAUUCAUGUGGAACCAGCAGGAGAGCUGCAGAGGGUGCAGAGUCUCCAUGGUCUUCCCCCGACUUGUUGGCCAGGCACCUUCACGUGCUGAGCUGCACAGGUCUCAGUGUUGUCUCUUGGGGAUUUUGUGGGGCAUCACUGGGUAUUAGCGAUAAUUUAACCUGGCAGGGAAGUAAGACAGCAAGUGACUCUAGUCAUUCCUAAUUCUUUCUGGAGGACAAACCCAAGACUCCUGGAGUCCCUAGCACCUGGCGUGGCCUUGGUAUACACAAGAGUUCUUAUUAUUUCGUUGACUCUGAAAAGAUGCCUAUGUUUUUAGGAGUUUUAUACCAAAAAACAAACAAAAGCAUCAACAACAAAGACAAGAUAAAGUGGAGUAUUAGAGAAAGUCACCAUUGCCCUGUGUAUGUCUUCUGUUUGGCCAUUCUUGAAUGACUUUGUCUUUGAAAUGUUUUUAGAUGUAUUUAUUUUAAGUGUGUUUUGCCUACAUGUAUGUAUAUAUACCACACGUGUGCACCUGGUGCCUGGAGAGAUCAGAAGAGAAUGUUGGAUCCCUGGAGCUAGAGUUACAGAUCGUUGUGAACCACCAUAUGGGUGCUGGGAACCGAACUUGGGUUUUCUGCAAGAGCAACAAAUGCUCCUAACAGCUGAGCCAUCUCUCCAGCUUCCUAUUUCUGGGUUUUAAUCUUUGUAGCGUACCAGUGCACACAGGUAUCAUGUUUUUCUUAGUUCUCUGAGCCAUGUUAGCAAGUUAUCAGACACCUCCCUUAAAGAGGGAGUUGUGUGAACUCCACACGUCUAUCAGUGAGAGUGCACUGGACACCUGGGGUUAGGAUUGGCUUCUGAAGUGAGGCAGUCCCGUGGGACUGAACCCUAGAGAAUGUUAGAGUGGACUAGCAAUCUAAGAUGCUCAGCUGACAGAGAAUUAAUUAGCUGGCUCUUUUUUGGAAAAACUCGCCUUCCAGUUUGGUGUGAGAAAUUUUAAUAAAUAAGGGAAAUAAAUAAAGUUAAGGUAAAAGUCAAGUUUAUGGGCUGAAGGUAUGGUUCAGUGUUGACGAGCUUGCUCUGGUAUCCCCAGUACUACAAAGAGAAACCUAAUAGAAUGUCAAUGCCUGCUAAAUGAUUCAUUUAGUAACAGGUAAAUAACAAGUUAGUAUGCACUGUUAUCAUUUUUAGAUCUUUUCUUGAGUUUCAGAGUUUGGAAAGUUAAAGUAAAUGGGUAGAAAAUUAACAAGUAAAUAGGCUAAUCUCACAACAGCCCACAGGCUAAUAGGAAUGGUUUUGUUGAGAGCUUUAAGUCACUAAUUUGAGAUGUCACUAAUUGAGAUUGACUUUCCCUCACACCCAAACAAGUCGUUAGGACCAGUGUGGGAGAGCACAGGGUCAGCAAGUCACAGACACCAGCUGUAAGGGCGUCAGACAGGGAAGUCAUGACCUUGGACUAAGCUAGUUCCUGUCCUCGCUGUAAGCACGUGCUCACCUGAGCUUAGAGCAAGUCCUGUGUACAUUAGUGCUCCACUCCUUCCUGCUCUCCUGUGUGUCCUUGUUGACCGUCCUCGUUUGCUCCUCCUCACUUUGUUAAGGGUAGGGUCACUAAACACGUGGCUUGUUUCUUUGGUAGGUUAGGUCUUGAACUUGCACUGAGGAUCCAUCUCUACCCCCGCAGUGCUAGGAUUACAGACAUGCUACCACUUUACCUGGUUGCUAUGGAUCUAAGCUCUGGUCCUCACAUUUGGAGUGCAGGUGCCUUAUCCACUGAAUUGUCUCCCCAGCUCCCAAGUCUUAAUGGGAGCUAUUUAGGGAAACUAUAUAGCAAAAAUGGAAACAUUUAUGCACAUUAUCUUUUUAGAUAUGUACAAACUGGCCAGAUGGCUAGGCUGUAUUUUUUUUAAGUAGAUCCUUACAUCUUUAACUUGAGUGUAAAAUUUACGAUGACAGAUACUUGAGGGGAUCAGUGCCCACCUCUUUGUAGUCCCUGCUCUGGAAGUUGAAGUAGAAGACAUCCCAGAGGACUCAGUUUUUACUGAUAUUUGAAAAUGUGACAGAUGAGGAACAGUCUCACUGUCUUAAGACCUACCUUGUAUUGUGUUUCUGCUUCCUCCUUAUGGCUCAGGUCUGAGAAAUAAGACUCCACAGUAGUUCACAGGAGCACCCGGUACCUCACACAUGGGGGUGCCAGCUUCCCACCCGUCACUUACUGUUUGCUCCUAGUUCUCUGUCCAGGUCCAGCCUACUCAGAAGCUACUUUUUAAUAACCAUACGCAGUAUUGAUACUGCCAUUUUUGUGGGACUACAGGGAGAAUGAAGGUGAACAAGAGUGUGGUUGCAUUAAGUGCAGUUGCAUGAGCAAGGGUUUGUUAACCUUUAUCUUGGCUUUCCUUUCUGUAAUAUUUCAGUUUACAUAUAUGUUUGCAUGUGGAGAGUUUAGUCCUAUAGAGUGACCACUUCAGAGACAUCACAGAAUAGUUCAGAGAGUUUGUCAUAUACUCUCUGCCCUCAUGUACUGAGCUAUUUGUAGUGUUGUAUUGUGAGACUGUCCUUUUUCCAGUUAGACUUUUACCUUGCCUGAAAUGCUUGGGACCAUCAGUGUUGCCGCUGCUUACACGUAAUGAUAGCUUGUAGAAGAAACUUGAGUCUACACGUGAAAUUUAUUCAUGUUUCCUAUACAUCUUACACACAGUUGUAGAGUAGCCAGAACCGUUUUUAGUGCACUUGUGUUUUGAUGGUAGCCUAGUCAUGAAGUCAUACAUAAAACUUUCCUUAUAUUAUAUUGUAUAAGUGAUCAAAAAGCACCGGAAUUCAUUCAUUCAUUUAUUUAUUCAUUCAUUCGUUUGUUUGUUUAUUUACUUGUUUUCAAGACAGGGUUUCCCUGUGUAUUCCUGGCUGUCCUGGAACUCACUCUGUAGACCAGGCUGGUCUCAAACUCAUGAGUUCUGCCUGCCUCUACCUCCCGAGUGCUGGGAUUAAAGGUGUGACCCACCACUGCCUGGCUAAAAGUGCUGGUUUGGGAGCACUUUGAUUUCCACAUAGGAUGGUUCCCCAUUAAUGAUUAUGGCCUGUAACUAAGGACUUGCCUUAGUCCGUCCAAAUUUGACUUUUUUUUUUUUUCUUUUGAGUACCAGUAAGUCUUUAUUUUCCCAAGAAAGAAGGGAAGGGAAAGUCAGCACGUGUUACAAAAUGAUUAUACGAUAGGAAUAUAAGUACCCGGGUACAGUAAAAGUCAACCAUGAAAUAAACACCCCCGUGGUGGGGCCACCAAAGCCCAAGGGGGCUCAGUCUCCUGCAGUUCAGGACAGAGAAGGGAUCAGGGAAAGGACAGACAAG